AUGUCGGCACAGCUCAUCCCGUCGGACCCCGACACCGUCAUGGUGAUCCGAAACGUCACGCCCAACGUGGCCACGUUUUCGGUACCCUUCCUGCGCUUCGGCAGGAUCAGGGUCGGCGGCCGCGGCACGCUCGUGAAGCUCUCGUCCGGUGCCCUCGCCGUCUUCUCCCCCGUCGCCCUCACGCCCGACACAAAGGCCAAGGUGACGGAGAUGGGCGGAAACGUGGGCUACAUCGUCGCCCUCGACAUCGAACACCACAUCUUCCUCUCCGAAUGGGCCAAGGCGUACCCGAACGCCAAGAUCGUCGGGCCCGAGGGUCUCCAGGAGAAGCGCAGCAAGCAGCAGGCCGACCCCAAGAUCGGCGACGAGCAGUUUGACACCGUCUUCACCAAGGCGAACAAGGCGGCGGUGCGCAUCGGCACCGACUUUGACGCCGACUUCGAGUACGAGUACCUCGACGGCCACAGCAGCCGGGAGCUCGUCUUCUGCUACAAGCCCGACGGCGUCCUCAUCGAGGCCGACCUCAUGUUCAACCUGCCGGCCGUCGAGCAGUACAGCAAGGUGCCGGCGACCGACCGUCGAGGCACCGGCGUCACCGACAAGCUGUUCAACAAGCUGCAGACCACCUCGGGCGACGCCACCUGGAUGAAGCGCUUCAACUGGUACCUCGCCGCCAAGGACAAGGCGAGCGUCACCGAGAGCGUCAAGCGCAUCGCCGCCUGGAACUUUACCACCCUCAUCCCCUGCCACGGCGACGUCAUCGAGGGCGACGGCAAGCAAGUCUUUGAGAAGGUCUUCAGCUGGCACCUCACGGGGAAGCGAUGA